GACAGCAAGCAGGGUCCGAGCCUCUUUUUAUAGUUUGAGCACAUUGUAGGAGAUACAGGAAUCCAAUAAUAAAGGCUGCUAACAGGGAGUUUCGCAAGGGAGUUCUCCAGGUGAAGGAGGAGCGAAUACAGCAUCUGUGGGAGUUCAGGAAGUUACCUGAAGCCAAUCUGCUGUUUUACCCCACUUUGACAUCUCUCUGCACCAUCUGUCAUGCAUGUGCAAUCUAUUGUCAGAAUGGAAUACAUCUGGUACUGGUUGGAUGGAUCUGGGCAGUGGAUUGAAUAUGGGAAACAGCAUGCAAAUUAUUGUGCUGCCACGGUGACUUCUGCGGAUCUGGAGGCAGCAUUUCUAGCGGACCGAAAAGGCACUGUAUUGUUUCAAGCCGGUUCUUGGCAGUAUGAGAUAAACUUUCAAGAUAUGGUCCAGAUAAACUUGCACUAUCAAACUCGGAGAAAAGUCUGUAGGUGGCCAAAGUUUGUGUUCUUCGGCGGGGGAGACAAGAGCGAGAGAAGCCAAUUGGAAACUACUUAUCCAUUUCAUCUGUUUCCUCCAAAUUGGGACCAAUCGGCACUGCCUGAAAUAGGGUACAAGGUACUCUUUGACUGGUUAUCUCUACUCAGGAAGAGAUCUUUCCUAUACCAGUUCUUGUGGAAGUUGGUGGAGCUGAGUGAUACUACCAGUGAAUACAAGGAAGUCAAGGACCUAUUUGAGAAGACAAUGAAAAAUUAUAGAAUCUGCAGAUUACAGAGGAUUCAGAACCCAUCACUUUGGCAAGUUUUCCAGUGGCAAAAGGAACAGAUGAGGAAGACAAACAGAGGAAGAGAUGUGGAUGAGAGGCUCUUAUUCCAUGGAACAAGUACAUCCCAUCUGCAUGCCAUCUGCGGGCAGAACUUUGACUGGAGAAUCUGUGGGACCCAUGGAACAUUAUACGGAAAAGGAAGCUACUUUGCCAGAGAUGCUCAUUAUUCCCAUCUAUAUUGUCAGACUGGUUCCGGUUCCAAGACCAUGAUCGUAGCUCGAGUGCUAGUUGGAGACUUUGUUCAAGGAAGCAAUAACUACCUUCGCCCUCCACUCAGACCUAACAAUUCCAACAGCUUUUAUGACAGCUGUGUGGACAGCCCAGUGAAUCCCUCCAUUUUUGUCAUCUUUGAGAAGCACCAGAUUUACCCAGAAUAUAUAAUAGAAUAUGCAGAAGGGUACAGCUGUGUGAUCUUGUAAUGGACAGCAA